UAUAAGUCCACUGAAGACUUCUCCCUUCAGGCUCCUCUCACUAAGAAGACUCUCGAAGAUCGUAUUCUCCUUGUGCUCGGCCUUUAUGAUAAGAUUGAUCCGAAGAAACUGACGAUGGACUCGGAUUUUGUCAAGGAUCUAGGCCUGGACUCUCUUGAUCACGUUGAAAUGAUUAUGGCAAUGGAGGAAGAGUUUGGAUUCGAAAUUCCUGAUGGAGAUGCUGACAGGCUGAAAACUCCGCGAGAUAUUUUCCAGUAUAUUGCCGAUCGUGAAGAUGUGUAUGAAUGA